UAAAAUCGGGACGGAACUACUUUCGCGGAAGGGGAGUACAAAUUCGACUGCUGUUGCGGCGGCGACGCAGACGAACGAAGAAGACGUAUGUGAUUGGCACUGUACAUAGCCUAUGAAACGGAAAAGCUGAUUCAGGAGUUCUUAGCGAUUAGUCCCUGAUUGGGAAACGCCACCAACGUAACCCGUGGGGCGGAGCAUCGGACGGUGUCGGCCCCAGGCUAAUACAGUACUCGAUUUUGGGGCCUGGGAAAGGCGGAGGUAGUGCUUGGAGGCACGUAGUGCACUUUUUCUGGUUCGCAUGUGACAAGGUCGAUUCUGAACAAGAACCAUGGCAUCUGAAUUUGAGAACCUAAAUCCGAGUGCCAGGAUAAUGACGUUCCACCCAACUGUGGAAGAAUUCAAAAACUUCAGCCGUUACAUUGCAUACAUAGAGUCCCAGGGAGCUCAUAGAGCUGGACUGGCAAAGGUUGUUCCUCCAAAGGAAUGGAAGCCACGCAAAUGGUAUGAUGAUAUUGAUGAUUUGAUCAUCCCUGCUCCCAUUCAGCAAGUGGUCACAGGCCAAUCUGGCCUCUUCACACAGUAUAACAUCCAGAAGAAAGCUAUGUCAGUUCGGGAGUUCAGGAGGAUAGCAAAUAGUGAUAAAUACUGCACACCUCGGUAUACUGACUUUGAAGAUCUUGAACGCAAGUACUGGAAGAACCUCACAUUCAAUGCUCCAAUCUAUGGUGCAGAUGUUAAUGGCACACUCUAUGACAAGCAUAUAGAUGAGUGGAAUAUUGGCCGUCUGAAUACAAUUCUCGAUAUAGUAGAGAAUGAAAGUGGCAUUACCAUUGAGGGUGUGAAUACACCUUAUCUCUACUUUGGGAUGUGGAAGACAUCCUUUGCCUGGCACACGGAGGACAUGGACCUCUACAGUAUCAACUACCUGCAUUUUGGGGAACCCAAGUCAUGGUACUCCAUUCCUCCAGAGCAUGGGAAGCGACUGGAGCGUCUUGCUAAAGGAUUCUUUCCUGGAAGUGCCCAGAGCUGUGAAGCUUUCCUGCGCCACAAGAUGACCCUGAUCUCUCCAUCGAUAUUGAAGAAAUAUGGUAUUCCAUUUGACAAGGUGACCCAAGAAGCAGGUGAAUUCAUGAUAACCUUUCCUUAUGGAUACCAUGCUGGCUUUAAUCACGGCUUCAACUGUGCUGAAUCUACUAAUUUUGCUACACUCCGAUGGAUUGAAUAUGGAAAGCAAUCUGUACUGUGCUCAUGCCGAAAGGACAUGGUCAAAAUCUCCAUGGAUGUUUUUGUGAGGAAAUACCAGCCAGAUCGUUACAAGCUCUGGAAAGUAGGGAAAGAUGUGGCAGUCAUUGAUCACACUCUUCCAACACCAGAGGCAGCUGAGUUCUUCAAGGGAGAGCUUCUCCAGAAAGUUAAGAAUGAGAAACAAUGUCCUGAGGAAACUGAACCAGAAGAAGAAUGCAAAGCAGAUGGUGAUAUAGAGAAAAAGAGUGUGCCCAAGCACCGCAUUGGAACUAAGCGGCACCGGGUCUGCUUGGAGGUUCCUCAUGAGGUGAGCCAAAGUGAGUCCUUCCUCAAGGAAGAGCUGGGUCCAGCACGGUUUGAAAUGGAAGUUGCAGAAUCUCCUGUUGGACCUGCUAGAGAGCCAAUACAACAAGGGGACCAAGGGCUUGCACCCCCAGAAUAUGCAGAUUCCUCAGAAGUAAAAUUUGAAGAACUGAAAAAUGUCAAACUAGAGGAGGAGGAGGAAGAGCCAGAAGCAGCUGUUUUGGAUCUUUCCAUCUCUCAUUCUGUGACUUCAGUCUUGACCCAGUCAGCCAUGAAACAGAGUUCAGUCUCCAGCCAUCAGUCUGGCUCUUCAUUCUGUUCAAGUUCUUCAGAUUCUGAAUCUUCUCACCUCUCCAGGCAGGCUCUUGAACAAGCUGAGGUGCUCACAGUGCACAGUUAUGCGAAAGAAGACGCCAGUGACAUGGAUGAUGAGCGGCCCUCUGGAAAGAAAGCCAGUGCUACAGCCAGUGUGAAUGAACAGGAACUUGCAAAAAUGGCGAAGGAGUACAUAAGAUCAGUAAAAGAUCGUAAGAAAUCCAAAGGACGUCGCCAGCCCCUGAGCAAACUCCCACGUCAUCAUCCGCUUCUGGUUAAAGAUGGCCUCAGUGAUGAUGAGAUGUCAGAGCAGCUGGCACCAGAUGAAGAAACUGAGGAGAUGGAGGCAUGGGCAAAGCCACUCAGCCAGCUGUGGCAGAAUCGCCCUCUAAACUUUGAGGCAGAAAAGGAGUACAACACAGCUAUGGCUCAGCAAGCCCCCUACUGUGCAGUCUGCAUGCUCUUCCAAACUUACCAGGCAGAUUGUGGAGGCCAGAGCUCUCAGGCAGGUCCAUGUGCUGCUGAUGGAAAGAUGAGAACUAAGCCCCUGAUUCCUGAGAUGUGUUUUACUACCACUGGUUGCAGCACAGAUGUCAGCCUCUCCACCCCUUACUUGGAGGAAGAUGGCACCAGUCUUCUGGUCACCUGCAAGCUCUGUCAAGUCUGUGUACAUGCCAGUUGUUAUGGAGUAGCUCCUGAGAAAGCAGCUGAGGACUGGAAGUGCUCUAGAUGUAAAGCUAAUGCUUUAGAAGAGGAUUGCUGUUUGUGCUCUCUUCGAGGGGGUGCCCUUCAAAAAGCCAAUGACAACAAGUGGGUCCAUGUUAUGUGUGCUGUGGCAGUUCUGGAGGCUAAAUUUGUGAACAUUGCUGAGCGUAGUCCAGUGGAUGUCAGUAAAAUACCGCUGCAGCGCUUCCGUCUGAAAUGUGUUUUUUGCAAAAAGAGGCGGAAGAGAAUUGCUGGCUGUUGUGUGCAGUGUUCUCAUGGUCGCUGCCCUACAUCGUUCCAUGUCAGCUGUGCUCAGGCAGCUGGAGUCAUGAUGCAACCAGAUGAUUGGCCUUUUGUGGUCUUCAUUACUUGCUUCAGGCAUAAGAUCCCAUCCCAGGCAGAGCGAGCCAAGGCUGCUCUACAGGAUCUUACUGUGGGGCAAGCAGUGAUCAGCAAGCACAAGAAUGGGCGUUUCUAUCAAUGUGAAGUGGUUAAUCUGACCAAGGAAACCUUUUAUGAGGUCAACUUUGAUGAUGGCUCCUUCAGUGAUAACCUAUACCCUGAAGACAUUGUGAGUCGAGAUUGCCUCCAGCUAGGUCCCCCAGCUGGGGGGGAAGUUGUUCAAGUGAGAUGGACAGAUGGUCAGGUCUAUGGAGCUACGUUUGUGGCCUCACAUGUUAUUCAGAUGUACCAGGUGGAAUUUGAAGAUGGAUCCCAGCUGAUGGCAAAGAGGGAUGAUGUGUAUACUCUUAAUGAAGAACUUCCCAAGAGGGUCAAGUCAAGGCUGUCUGUUGCCUCUGACAUGCGCUUCACAGAGAUCUUCACAGAGAAGGAGGUCAAACAAGAGAGAAAAAGACAGAGGGUCAUCAACUCACGCUACCGUGAAGAUUACAUCGAGCCUGCACUGUACCGGGCUAUUAUGGAGUAGCAGCUGGCUACAGAUUUGCAGUGACCACCUCCAGGUGGAUCCUAGUACUCCAGCACAGCAGAGGCCAAACAGACUGUCUUCACAUCCAGGUUUUUUAAAAUGAAACAAACUUAACUGAUUCUGCAGCACCUUGAAGGUAGUUGUCAAAUAAUUGAAUGGAUUCGGCUUUGCUGGCAGACUCAAAGUCUAGAAUUUGGGAGCACUAAAUUCUGACUUCCUGAACUAUUUGGCUCACACCAGCUUGAUGGCUCCACUUUUGGCAGUGACUUUCUUUAUGCAGUACAAACUAUCAUCUGCCAGAGGCAAAUCUUAAUACAACCCCAGGGAGCAACCCAGACAGCUGCAGUGCUAUGGAUGAACCGCCUACUUUCUCCUGGAUUAAAUGUCUGGUUCAGGGAAUGUUUCCUAGCUCACCAUGCCUGCACAAAGUUGGCUAUGUCACUGGUGCUUGACAAUUAAUUCCUUUUUAUAUUUAUGACCCUGUUUUUGUCAUGAGCACGUGUUUUUUCAGCAUCACCUCUCUGAGGCAGAGCCAAGUGGGAUGAAGAGAGAGUGAAACUGACUAGCUCCCUUUAGUCCCAAGUUCUUGAACCUUUAAGUUUUUGUCCCUAUUUUAUAUUCAGAGACUUAUUUACUCAUGCGUUUAAUUGUAAUAGUAUGUGCCUAUGUAAUAGGAAACAGUUUGGAGCCAUUUAGCACUGCGCAUUCCUUGGGCAAGAGAAUCCUAGGAAGUACACCUCGUUAAGGCAAUAAGGACUGCAGGGAUUCCAGGGCCCUGUUCCUGCUGGGACAACAAGAAGUCAGAUCCAGGCAUGCAGCAAGGAUGCCUUAGGAAAUGAUCGUAAGCUCACCUCUCUGGCAUUGGCUCUGACUUGUGAGGUAUCUUGAGUACGUGUAGAGUAUUCAUAAAAUGAGGUCAAAGGUCAGCAUUAUUGGUAUUUCCAUUUGGGACCUUUAUGCUAUUUUUCUCUAAACCAUGCUGGAAAAACUAGCAGAAAUGCAUAUGUAUAUUUAGUCCUAUGUGGGGGGAGAAGUGGAGGAAGUUCAGGGGUAUCAUUUUGAGAGAGAGAGAAAGGGUAGCUUCCUUGCUGUACAGUCAUGGGGGCAACUUCCAUUUCGCUAUAUUGGAGGAAGACUGCAAAGCUACUCUUAUAAAUAUGCCUUUGUAGUGUAAGAGCCAUACCAUCCUGAACAUGCCAUUAUCUGAUCUUGGAAGAUAAAUGUAUCCUCUUCUUCAUUUGGUUGCUCUAGCAAAAUAUGUGGUGUUGCUAUUUCUUUUGCUGCAUAAAGAUGCUAUAUAGGGACGGAUUGCUUUCUUACAAAACAUACUAUGUUUGUGGGGAGGACCACUGCUUCUAGAUCAUCCAUGCAGUAUAUAUUGCAAAUUUAUAUAGCAGUUGAUUCAAAAUUGUCCAAAUUACCCUUCAGCCUCCAAACACAUAAUUUUAAGGCUUUUUUCUGGCUCUUUUCUUCCUCUGCUAAUGUGAAACCUUGGAUGCAUCUUGAGGCAGCUCAUAACAGAGGGGAGAUGCACAUUUUGGUAACCAGUAUUAACCCGUUCUGUGUAUUAUUGCAGUGUAGCAUUUAAGAGUGUCUAGUAGUGGGACAUCUCCAGAAGCAGUAUAUGUGGGAUCCCUGAACACAUAUACAUCCAUAUACACAGUAGACUGGAAGAUCAGAAAAGUCAUUGCAAGUAAGGGUUCAUAUCUCAUUGCUCUCUCUGAGUGAAAAAUGGCACCUCCUUAAAUGUGCAAAUCUUCCUUUUGAGAAACACUUUGGACUUCCUUGAAUAACUUUUCUACUCCUUCUUCUACCUUUGCCAAAUGCGGUCGGUGGGCAUAUCUUUUAGUGUUUGGGUAAUAGGUUCCCUCUGGUCAGUAUUCUUCUAAUCUCUCAGGUGUGAUCUUCUUAAUAAGCAGAGACCUCUCUCAACCUGGAGUAUGUUGCUGCCCCAGCUGGCAUUUCCUGUAUUCUGAUUCAGGAAGGAUUGUGUUUGUCUGGACUUCCUGCUCAACAAUGUUCAGCUGUGCAAUAGAUAUGUAUAUUUAAAUCUUUCUGUUGGCCCGUUUUUUGAAUAUGGCUUAUUUGCCUCUAUCCUUUAACUGAAAAAAUUAGCUCUUCUGUGUCAACCUUGACACUGAAUCAUGACCUUAAAAAUCAUCACCAAAAUCACCAAACACAAGAGACUUUUUCUUAUGCUUUUGUUCCAAAAUGUCUUUGAAUUGAAAAACCAAUCUAGAAGUCAUAUAAACCAUUCAAUAAAAUAGUCUUGUACUGUAGCUGUGCUGUGGUUCAGGGCCUUUUUGAACUUUUUAAAAAUGAUAUCAGGAGUUGAUUACUGGUUCUCUGGAAAGGGUGUUACCUCUUCCAGAGUGUGGGUGAACAUGAUAAUAGAUUGUAACAGGUGAAAUGUAUAACUAAUAAUUUAUAUUAUAUGCAAACAAAAUGUAAAGACAUACACAUUGUGGCUGAAUCAGCACACUUUGUGAGAAGUAUAAGGAUCCUGUCCAAAACUUAGCAAAAGCAUUCUGUCCCCCUAUUACCCAUGUGGGUAUAUGUCUAGUUUCAUUCAGAUCAAUUUAAUCUUAGUCAGACUAGGAGAUCAGUGAAAUAGCAAACCAAGUGUCUGUCCCCCAAAGUGCCAAUUGUUGAUUAAUUUCUUAUCUGAUUCAGUAACGGGGAAAUUCAUUCACACUGAUAUUUUAAUAAGGUUGUGGGGAGUUAAACUCCUCUUUAGUUGCUUCUCCCCCACUUUAAACACAGAUACCUGAUUAAGAUGCAGUGGCCUCUGCAUGAACAGCAAGGAGCAGGCUGAACUAUGUGUUACUGACGUGAUCUGUCAUUAUUACUCUUCACGAAAAUGGACUCCAAUAAUUUCUGACCUGUUUGAUGAUGAAGUGGUUUUGGAAUGCCGAUGUGAGAUGGAUACAAAAUAGGCAGCUUCAUGUAUUGUUUUCAACCUUAUCUAGUAAUAUAAUUUUGGACUAGACUCAACUGAUUAAAUCUGAAACACUCUAA